UUAUAAUAAAGUUUUUCUAUCGUUUUUCAAAACUAAACCACUGAAAAAGAUGUAGUUCAUAUGUCAAGCCAGUAAGUGGCGCUGUAACGCUGAAGAAGAGUACAGAGCAUGUGUAUAAAGGUUGUUUUGGCGCCAUAAAAGAGUUCCUCUGUGUGUCACAUGAUCGUUUCCAGAGAUGCAGAUAGACAUCCACACGGAGAUGAAAUGGUCGUCGUUUACAGAUUUAUUCACUCUCUGACCCGUUUUCAAAAAGUACCGUUUACAGUCACCUGAAACGCCGAUACGACAAAAAACUUAAGUGUUUGUUUACAUGGUGACGGGUUGAUACCGCCUUCAGACAGACUUUACAGCGGGGAGUGGUUUACUCUUCAUCUGAAACUGUGAAGUCGUACCAAUUCAACACGACUGACUCGCUCUUGUCCUAUUUAACCACGAAAUUAUCGCCUUCUUUUGUAAACGCCAUGUUUGUUUACACUGGUGUGUGUGGGAACUGGGGAGAGCUCCUGAAACAUGAUAGAGAGGAAAAUUGAUUUGGUGAUUUUGUCGAUUUUAACAUCGUCGUAAUGAAAUAAUCUGAUUAGUAUUUAAAGUGAAGUUACCGAGCAGCCCUAUCUUGUCUCAUCUUUUGGUUGAUUAAUGACAUUAGUGUGAAAACUCGUUGGAUCAGCUGUUCCUCUCCACGCUGAGUCAGUAAAUGAAACGGUUCAGAUUCUUGGUCACAGGUUUGGAGACUCGAUCACCUUUCUGAGGUGAAACAGGAAAACGUUAAAGACCAGGACUAAAUUUACCUGCAGGUUCAUUCUCCUACACAGGUUCCUGUCUCCUCUGACUCCAUCUGUUCCCGUCUACUUCACCCUCCUCACCCUCUCCUCACCCUCUCCUCACCCUCUCUUCUUCUCUCUCCUCUAGUUUUUCUCCCGUCAGGCAGAAGUUACGUAAAUCUUCUCCUUCUGAAAAAGCAGCGUAACACUUAACUCCACAUGUACCCACUCAGAACAGCACUAGAGGAAGUUCACACACACGCUGUGAUGUCACUUCCUCUUUUUUACAGUCGGCAGGUUUUUCUCUCUCAUCACUCAAACAUCUAAAUUGUUUUUGGAGAGGCUGCUGUGGAGGAACCCACUAAAGUUUGAGAUGAAGUGAAUUCUGUGAGCGGUGAGUAACCCAGCUGAUUUCAGACUCGCUCUGAGGGUCUUUGCUGCUGCUCUCCCGGCCUUUUCAUGGACGAACAUGAAAACAGAGUCACACUGCGUCCAGUUUCAUCUGCAUGUAAACAUAAAUAACUCAUUUAUUCCACUUCAGCCUGUUCCAGUGAAGGUUCACGGUGUUCUGCAGCUCACAGACUCACACAAACUUCAUCUGCAUCAUGAAGCAGAAACAAACAUCUAAAUUCUAAUUUUGGUCAAAGGUUGAGAUGAGAAGAAGCUGCACGUCCCUCUGAAACAGAGAGACUGAGGAUGAUCGACGGAGAGACACGGAGCGUGAAAGAGAGCGAAUGUCAAACAGGCGGAGCGGGUCAGAUCGACGGAGAGGGAUUUAUGAAGAGACAGGAGCGAACGCUUCUCCAGGAGGUGAUGCAGUCGGCCUCGCUGAGAAGAUUAAUCGCUCCUCAAGAUUGAAUCUGAUUUAGUCAGAUCCAGGAGGCGACCAGCCGACAGAUGAACAAAGAGCAUCCUUCACUGUUCAUGAG